AUGAGCGUAGAGAGGACGCCUAAUACGCACUCUUUGAGACCCGCGACUGAUCAGUUCACGAUCUUGAAACGACGUCCCACAAACGGGAAAAAGGUGCCCAGCGCGUUACGAAAUAUGACACUGGCGUCAAACAACGGAAGCUCGCAAUUGUCAGAGGAAGAUCUGUUCCAGCUUCUAAUCAAUUGGAUGAGAGUUCGAGAAGAAAAUGAAAUCUCUGCUUCGAAUUUACAGGAGCGCAUGGAAGCAGACAUGUUUGCACUGACAGAGGAAAACAAGAGUCUGAAGAAUCACCUCGAGACCCUUGACAAUCAAUUACAGCGUAGCAGGUGUCAAUCAAAGAUAUACGGAGCCCAAAUAGAGAAUUGGAAAACAAAGCUAGCGAAGUUCAAGGGUAUUCUCAACGAGCUUGGGGCUGAGUAUCGAAACCUUCGCAAUGAGAACCUCCGACUCAAAGACUCAAAGGCAACUCUAGAGAAUGAAAGAAACGAAAUCGAGUCUGGAAUUAAAGAUGCUAAGCGCCAGAUUUCUCAGGCCGCGGUUCUCGUCAAGGAAAAAAGAACUCAGCUCGCAGAGUCGGAAAGAAAAGUCGAAUCGAUGACGCUGGCCUUGAAAAACGAGGAAGAGAAGACAGCAUUUGUUCAAACCCAGUUGGUGGAAGAAAGGAGAAGAUCAUCAAUUCUUGAGUCGUACAUCCACAAUAAUUCGAGGGUUCAAACUAAGCAGCUUGCGAUAAUCCGGACAGAACAGCAGGAGAUGCUGAACAAGCUCAACUCUGCGUUUGACAGACUGGAUCAGAGUGUGAAUGCUUCCCAAGCAGCAAAUCAAACCACAUUGGAAUUGACACUCGAGAAGACUUUUCCACUGCUCAAAGAAUUGAGCGAGCAGCUUUUGAGUUGCAGAGCGGAUAUCCAGCAAUACAAGGACACUGUCCACAAGAUCUUUUCAAGUGCGAAUAUGUUCGAUUUCAAGCUAAAUGAGGGACUCGAGCGAAAUUUCGCGCUCAACGAGAAUGUGGCACAUAAAGUUUUGGAGCAACUGAAGCUCUUCGAAAAUACUAACGGCUGUCAUAUGGCACUUCUCAAGCAGCUCGGGAUCAACGAAGAACAGUACAAUACCGUGCGGGAAAUGUUGGAAGCUCUGAAGCCAAGCAUGCAGACCAUCAGCUCCUCUCUCACGACGCUCAAUGAGAAGGGGAUUGAUCUUACCCAGCAUAUUACGCAUCUAGAAAAGUGUAUCUUUGAGGCGCAGAACCCAGCUCCAACAAUAGACGUUUGCGCUCUGUUCACGGAGAAUGCCGCACUCAAAGAUCAAAAGGAGCAGCUUUCAAUCAGAGUGAGAUCUGCUGAAGAGAAUGCUAAGGCGAAGGAGCUCGAGACUGAAAAAGCAAAUUGUGCCCUUCUGGACGUUACAACAAAGAUGCAGGAAGAGAUGAAACGAGCACAGGAUUUCGAGGCUGAAGUCGUCAAUCAGCGACAGACGAUCAUAUCUAUCGAGGCGAAAAUUCGGGAGGAAUUGAACAGAGCGAGCGUCAUUGCCAGAGAUCAGGCCAAGGCAAGGUUUGAGCAACAAAUCCAUAAAAUGCUGCGAGAGAAAGCAGAAGCGGAAAAGGAUAUGGCCGCGAUCAGGGAGUCGCUGGCUGAGGUUCAAGCGUCAAUGGUAGCUGAAAAGGAAAAUGAAGCGAAGACGCAAAGACAUGAAUUAGAGUCGACGAUUCUGGAAAGAGAACAGCAAUUACGAGAAUUAGAGGCCUCCCGUACCCAGAUAGCAACUCGGAUGAGUGAACAGGAAGCGGAACUCGAGCUACUGCGAGAGGCAAAGGUUGCUGCUCUGGCUCAACAGAAGAAAAUAUCCCACCAGCUCGACGAAGUCCAAGGAACAAUCGUCGAACUCAGUGAUAGGCUGUCCUCGAAAGACGUCGAAUUCAAAUAUGUGCAGAAGAAGUUAGACACAUGCCAAAGUAAUCUACUGAAGAGAGAAGAAGAACUCACACAGGUCAAGAAAAAGCUUUGCAAUGCCGAAUCGGCCAGGUCAAAGAUGGAAACAGGUAAAAGGAAGGCGAAAUCCGAAAUACACGCUCUUCUCAAAAGGCUUCAGGACUCAGAGCGCUGGAAAAGAAAUAUCAAAGCGGCGAUCACUCGACCAGGUGAUCCACCGUUUGAUGGACCAGUCGCAGGCACUUGGGACAAACUGAAGGACUAUCUAAACUCGGCAGAUAACGACAACCCGGGUCCCGAUUCACAGAAAACUACUGUCCCUACAGGUCUUAAUGUCGUGAGCGUGAGUAGAAGUCCUUCUGUGGCCUUGACACCGAACAGGAUCUGCGAGAGUCCUAUUCAGGGCUUUGUUCAGACGACGGAGGUGAUAUAUCGGCCACAGAGCUUCCAAGGCGGCGAGCUGUCAUCCCCAGUUCUAACUAAUGCGAGAGCUGGAAACACCGACUCCCUUAAUCACUGUGAAAGGCCGGAAUUAUUGACUGAAAUUGUACCAUUCUCGAGUAUUCGACAGCAGCUAUCAGCCGCAUCUUGCUCGUCUCUGAGUCCUGAACCUAGCGAUCUUGCAGAGAUGCUAGACCUCACCCCAAACAACAAGCCACAUUCAGUUCACGGUGAUACGGUUGUGGAAUUGCCGACACAAACGAACGAGAAGGGUACCGUAGCUACAUCGGACAAAGCCGACGGUUUUGAACUCGGAACGAUAGAUGAACAGUCGCGGAGCUCACAGCAUCAGCUGGUGAAGCUGAACUGCUUGGCGACGGAAACGGCUGGUGGUCAUAAGAAUGCAAGGGAGGAUCAGGACAAGCAGAAAACAGUCACUUUCAGGGCAGAAAAAGAGGGAAACAGGAUUGAGAAGCGGAAGUUCUCAGCGACCGUGGACAGCACUGCCGAAGAGAGCGCCUCCGAGGAUCGUCUUAUCAAGAAACCAGGACGCACCAUGAAAUGCACUUACAGUAAAAUUCAGCGUUCUCCUUCGUCGAAUGGGGUCCCCAAAUUUCCAAACGAGUCCAAUGCUUCUCCGGCUAGCGAACGGUCGAAUCGUGAUACGCAUACGGAGAAUCAAUACACGAGCAAUGAUAAGAGAGCACGAGUGUCUGUGGCGCCGUCGAAUUCCAAGCCUAGAGGGCAAGGGCAAGGGGCUGGAAACUACUUGGAACGCAGAACAAGCCCUGCUAGCUUAGCGUCCGGAAACAGUAGGCAAUCAUCAGCGAUCGAAAAUAAUCCGAAAAACAACAGGUGGACGGCACGAGGUGCUACGCGGAGGUCGCAGAUUACGCAGUAA